UGACCCUUCAACACUUCUUCCGGUUCACUGUUUUCAGAAGCCGGAGGUUUGACGCGGGAAACCGGAGAAUAGAAGAGCUUGAUCGCUGCAGUUAUCGGUGUGUGUUCACAUCAGAUAUCUUCGCCUCCGGGAAACACAACUAUACAUUCAAGUCCUUCUUCAUUCAAAAUGGGAGACACUCUGGAGUUUAAUAACAUUCAAACGGAGUUGAAGGGAUCUUGGAAUGACGGCCGUCUGAGGUUCAGCAAGCAGUCGGUGGUCUAUAAAAGCCAUAAAACAGGGAAGGUGGACAGUAUCUCGGCUCCGGAGCUGUCUGCGGCUCAGUGGCGUCGCGUCUGUCUCGGUCACGGGAUCAAACUGGCCACCAGCGCCGGACACAUCUACAGAUACGACGGCUUCAGAGACACCGAUUUCGAGAAGAUCUCGGCGUUUUUUAAAGCGAACUACAAGGUUGAGUUGGCGGAGAAGGACAUGUGUGUGAAGGGCUGGAACUGGGGCACUGCCAAAUUCUCAGGGUCUCUGCUGUCGUUUGAUGUGAACGAAAGUCCCGUCUUCGAGAUCCCGCUGGCCAGCGUAUCCCAGUGUGCAACAGGGAAGAACGAGGUGACGGUGGAGUUUCAUCAGAACGACGACGCAGAGGUGUCCCUCAUGGAGGUCCGCUUCUAUGUGCCUCCCAACACCGGAGACGACGGAUCGGACCCUGUGGAGGCGUUCGCUCAGAAUGUUCUCUCGAAGGCAGAUGUCAUCCAGGCCACCGGAGACGCUGUGUGCAUCUUUAAAGAGCUUCAGUGUCUGACGCCGAGAGGAAGGUAUGAUAUCCGUAUCUACCCCACCUUCCUCCACCUGCACGGGAAGACGUUUGACUAUAAGAUCCCUUACACCACCGUGCUGCGGCUCUUCCUGCUGCCGCACAAGGACCAGAGGCAGAUGUUCUUCGUGAUCAGUCUGGAUCCGCCCAUUAAACAGGGUCAGACGCGUUAUCACUUCCUCAUCCUCCUCUUCUCUAAAGAUGAAGAGCUGAGUCUGUCUCUGAACAUGAGCGAGGACGAGGUGGAGAAGCGUUACGAAGGCAAGCUCAGUAAGAACAUGUCCGGGUCGCUCUUCGAGAUCGUCAGCAGGGUCAUGAAGGCUCUGGUCAACAGGAAGAUCACGGUGCCCGGAAACUUCCAGGGUCACUCGGGCUCUCAGUGUAUAACGUGUGCGUACAAGGCGAGCUCAGGGCUGCUGUAUCCUCUGGAGCGAGGCUUCAUCUACGUGCACAAGCCUCCGGUUCACCUGCGCUUCGAGGAGAUCUCCUGCGUGAACUUCGCCAGAGGAACCACCACCACACGCUCCUUCGACUUCGAGAUCGAGACCAAGCAGAACAACCAGUACACCUUCAGCAACAUCGAGAGGGAAGAAUACGGGAAACUCUUUGACUUUGUCAACGCCAAGAAGCUGAACAUCAAGAACAGAGGAAUCAAAGAGGGCAUGAAAGGAGCCGACGGCUACAGCGACUCUGAUGAAGACCAGCAUGAUGCUUACCUGGAGCGGAUGAAAGAAGAGGGCAAGAUCCGGGAGGAGGGAGACGGCAGCGACGAAUCCGAGGGAGACAGCGACGAGUCUUUCAACCCUGGAGAAGAGGAUGAAGACGUCCCUGAAGAGUAUGACAGCAACGCUUCAGUGAGCGACAGCGAGGCGGACGACGCAGACAGCGAGGAUGAAGCCAAGAAGAAGAAGCCUGAAAAGAAGCCCAAGAAAGUGGUGAAGGAGAAGAAAGAGAGGAAACCACGGAAAGAGAAGAAGGUGAAGGACCCCGGGGCCCCGAAGAGACCGAUGAGCGCUUACAUGCUGUGGCUGAACGGCAACCGAGAGCGAAUCAAGAGCGAGAAUCCUGGGAUAUCUGUCACCGAAAUCUCCAAGAAGGCUGGAGAGAUGUGGAAGCAGCUGAGCAAAGACCGCAAAGAGGAAUGGGACCGAAAAGCAGAAGAGGCCAAGAAACAAUAUGAGAAAGCCAUGAAGGAGUACAGAGAGAGUGGAGGAGGAGCGACAGCAGCGUCUGUUACCAAAGAAAAGAAAAAGAAAGGAGGAAAGGUGGAGGCCAAGAAGAAGAGUGGAGGAGAAAAGGAGAAGAAGAAGGAACCUGUAAACGAGAGCUUUAAGAGUAAAGAGUUCAUCUCGAGCGAGGAGAGCUCGUCUGAAUCUGAUCGGGACAGAGGCAGCAAACGCAAGGCCUCUGAGGAUGAGGAGGAUGAGGACACACCCGCCAGCUCAGAGGAGUCCGGGUCCGACUGAAGAUCACGGACCUCUCAGAGACAUUUCCACAUCUCAGGGUUCACCAGGAAUAACUGAAGCGUACUCGGACCAAGACUUUCUACAAGCACUCAGACGGAGAACCUGGAAAUAUCACAUUCUUCAAUCCAUCAUCUGUGAAGCUCUCAGAACUGUUAUUAUAUUUUUAUUUUUUGGUAGAUGGACAUAAUUCAGGGAAGUGUAGAUAGAACUACCUGUAGAGGGUUUUGCCCUCUUUUUAUUUUCAAUUUUUUGCCUCUUUGUUUAUUUUUUUAAAAAUGGUAAAACUGCACUUCAGUAAAUGUUUGCUUAUUUUCAGUAGAUGACAUGUUUUGUACUUUAAACGAUCAAAAUGUUCACUGUUUUGCAAUAAAAGGUCAGUGAGUGA